UCAGCUCGUCGAGCUCUUUGGAAGGUCGCAUAGUUUGUCCGAAUCGGAGAAGGGGAGAUGUCGGAAUUUUACCCAAAAAAAUUCUUUUUAAAGGGGCAAUAGAUGUUAUAGUUGUUGAACAACCAGACGGGACAAUGUUGUCAACACCUUUUCAUGUUCGCUUUGGAAAAUACGGAGUUUUUAAUUAUGACGAUAAGUAUGUUGAUAUACAAAUAAAUAAUGAAGAAAUUGAUUUAAAAAUGAAAUUGGGUGGGAAUGGAGUUGCUUUUUUUGUGGAAAAGUCUGAGGAGGAGACAGAAUUGCCUUCACAUUUGGAAACGAGUCCGUUGCCUGAUGAUAUUGAGGAAACUGAUGGUGCUGCUAGACUUACGCCUUCAGCAAAGGAAAGCAAAAGCCUUGUUGACCAAACUAGACCUUCUAAACGCUCGCCUCGGAAGGAUUCUGCUGUUGUUAGACCUCGUAAAGGUUCAAGCAGUAGUGACGAUGAAUUGCCUUUGCAGAAGAGUAGACCUCCUCAACAACAAAGACAGAAAAAAAUGCUUCCAUUUUCCUUGUCAAUUUAUUCGUGUAGAAAGAAUCGUUCACUUCCAGAUUUGUCAAUUUUACCUAGCGAUUACAACCAAAAUGAUAUAAAUUCACAAAUUGUUUCUGCUCGUGUACAGGUUGUUGGAGAAGGGGAAAAUGGAAAAAAGAAGAGUAAACAUAAAAGGAAAGCAACUUUUGGUGCCAUUGAUAUGCAAAAAUUAAUUAAUGAAAAUAAUGUUGUUUCCAAAAAUGUAAAUGGAGGAGGGUUUCAUCAUUCUAAAUCUGCUUCAAUUGCUCUCAAAAAUGUCACUGACGCAGAUUUAAACUCGACUCCAGUUGAAAAAUCGUCUCCUUCGUCAACUAGUGAACAACAACAAUCUUCACCAAUUUCUCCUAUUUCUCUACAAGAUGAACAAAAAGAGGAAUCAAAACAAUCAAUUUCUCCAGAAUCUUCCACAAAAACAACAUUUUUUUGUUCUUCAGAUGAUGACGAGGAAGACCCUAAUAAUUUGGAAAAUUCAAAAAAUAAUUUGCUUAAACCUUCAAAUGUUGGGAGUGAUAUAGCAGAUGGAGCCCUUUCAGACCCCGAAGUUGAUCGUCAAGGAAAUUCUCCUGAUAUGAAUGACCCAGAAUGGAAAUGGGGUGAAAUUCCAAAAUCUUCAAAAACUAAAGACUCUUCCAGAAGCACAACCAAGAAAAAUGAAAAACAAGGGCGUUGGAAUUGGUUUAGAUGGUCUCGACAACCACAACAAGAGGAAGGGGAAGAAGCUAGUGAUGGAGGGGAUAAAUUGACCAAAAAUGAAGUUGUGAAUGAUAAAAAAGAAGAAGAAAAACAACAAGAAGGAAAAGGACUUUAUCUUCAAGAUUUGGGAAAUGACCCAGCAAAAUUGGAAAAAUAUUUUGGAACUAGAAGUGGGGCAAUGAGGUUUCUUUUUUAAAUUUUUUAAAUUAAUUUUGGUAAUAGUUCGGGGUUCAUGCCAAGCAUUUUUCCUUCCUCCACCAAUUUUUAUUUUCUAAAAUGCAGAGGUAUGUCAGAAUUCAGAUUUACGACUGUUAAAGGGCAUAACCAGGGUAUCGAUUUCAGAGGGUGCGCCAAAAUUUUGGCUCACAUUUCAGGGG